AAGUUUUGGUAAUUUUUAUUGGCGAUUUUUUAUUUUAUCGCGUGUCAAACUUUGAUAAAGUUUGACGGCCCACCCAACUAAAAGUACUUUGAUUAUUUAAUAUAUUGUUUGAUACGUAAUUGAAGCGUCGCUUCUUCUUUCCAACGACACCAAGAUUGCUGCUCCAGGUGUACCAUAACCCGGGAUAUUUAAUAAUAUAUGAUAUAUUUACUAAUAUAUGAUUUUUAUGGGGAAAUACCGUUACGGUCCAAUGAUUUUCUUUUUUCCUUUUUUAGUCUCUCGUUUUUUCUAUAGGCAAGGGGGGAGGAUUCCUCACUAGCACCAACAAUUACAUAUAGUUGUUAUUGAGAGAUAAAAUAGGAAUCCCAGAAAUGUCAUUUUCUAUCUGUGGAACAUGUUCAGUUGAAGAACAAACUCACAAUAUUGAUCAUGCAUCUGAUCUUCUUCAAUUUGCUAAUGAGUCACGACAAGAUGGUUGUUUUAAUGACAUCAUCAUUCGUGUUGGAGAGAAAAACAUUCCAGCAAAUAAGAUGGUCCUUUCUUGCUAUUCCAAAUAUUUCAACACCAUGUUUAAAUCUGAGAUGAAAGAAAAGUAUAAAGAUGUUGUGGAUGUUCAUGGUGUAGAUGCGGAAAGUGUAGAGAAACUUGUUGAUUUUAUGUACACAGGAAAAAUCAACAUCAACACCAACAAUGUGUGCGACCUUCUUGCAGUUUCUGAUUUUCUACAAAUACUUUCUGUCAGAAAACUUUGCAUUGAGUAUUUGUUUACAACAAUCACGCAACAAAAUUGCUUUACGAUUCAAGCUUUGGCCAAUUGCUUCACUAUUCCUCAACUAACUGAGAAAUUCAACAACUUUAUUGUUGAAAAUUAUCAACAAGUUGUUUCUGGUGAUCAUUUUAAGAAACUUUCAAAAGAUGAUGUCAUCAAGUUAAUACAAUCAACAAAUAACAAGGUUUCUUCAGAUUUGGUUUACACUGCUGUUAUAAACUGGGUGAAGUUCGAUUUGGCUUCAAAUGAAAGUUACUUGAGUGAACUUUUCAAAUUUGUUGAUCUUGGUGAAAUGUCCCCAAAGAUGCUUGAAGAUGUGGUCUCUGUUGAGCCACUUGUUCGAAAACUGGAUGAUCUGGGUUGGGCGUUCCAUGAUGCUGUGGUGCAACGUGCAAAGGGAAUGGGUGAAGUAAACUAUGCCGAGGAAUCCCUCAUAUCACUUGGUGGUAGAACAAGUUUAACCAAAGUAACAAAGUUUGACUUAGAAACAAAACAAUGGAUUCAACUUCCAAUUUAUUUUCAGGAUUUACCCGUUGGUCGACAAGUAGCAGCAGCUGUUGUCAUCGAUGAUGUUCUGUAUCAUCUUGCAGGAGAGUUACAAACUGAUGGUGAUGAAAUAGCAACUAAAAUUGUAUAUCGAAUGGAAUUAAAGGAGAAAGUUUUAAAAUGGGAGAAAAUAGCUUCAAUGAAUGUUAAGAGAUAUAUGUUUGGUGCUGCUGUUAUAAAUGGUGUCAUCUUUGUAUUUGGUGGAGCUGAAUAUAGCCCUAUUUCAUCUGGAGAAUCUUAUAUUGUUCCACUUAACAAGUGGAUUCAACUCAAACCAAUGAAGAUUGCCAGAUAUGGUCAUUGUUUGGUUGCUCACAAUGGAUAUUUAUAUUCACUUGGUGGAUAUGAUGGGAAACAAGAAUUAUGUUCAGUUGAACGAUAUGAUCCAUCAUCAGAUGAGUGGAAAGAUGUUGCUUCAAUGAAAACACCACGUGGUUGUUUUACUGCUGUUGUGCUUAACAAUGCUAUUUAUGCUAUAGGUGGCCAUGAUGGAAAACAACCUCUUAAAUCAGUUGAGAAAUACAAUGUUGAUGAUAACACCUGGGUUUAUGUGGGAAAUAUGAACAUGGAGAGGAGUUCUCAUGCAGCUUGUGUUGCACAAAACAAGAUUUAUGUAGUAGGAGGUCUGGAUUCUAAUCGCAAAGUUGUAAAAUCAAUUGAAUGUUACGAUGAUCAAACAGACAAGUGGAGUGUUGUUGGUGAAACUGAAGUUGAAUUAUACAGCCAUUCUAUGGUUGCUGUUUAAAUAAAUCGAAUCUAAAUUUAUAUAAAUAAUACAAACUGCAAUUGCGUUAUACAUUACUGAUUUCCAAUCAAGAUUUUUUUAUAUCUGCAAACCAUUAUUGCUUAACACAAUAUAACUCAAUCUCUUUACAAUAAUUUUAAAGCUGAAUAGGUUUUUUUUUCAAUUAAGUAAUGUAUUGAGGGUUUUGUAAUAUUCCUUCAAAUUAAAAAACAUUUUUAUGUCUUACACCUUACAGUAACAAAACAAGUACCUCUAUUUUAAUUGUACUUUUGAUAAAUUAACAAACCAAAAAACCUUCUUGGUAAUUUUUUUUACCGGUUUAUAUAUUCAUUUUUUUAAAUUUGUACAAUUAUUUUUUUAAUUUUUCUUUCUUUUUAUACCUUCCAUAAUAAGCUGUAACAGUUUUAUGUUUGAUUGUAUAUUCAAUUCUUCAUAUCGCGAACUUAUACAAAAACAUCAUUUAGUAUAACUGUUGCAGUAAUGUUGCUAUCUAUGGGUUGUUAUUGGAAUACCAACGGUACUUAAUAAUAUUUGUUGACCAUCAAUACUUUUACAAUUGGCGACA